AUGGACAACACCUUUGAUAAAACUGCCACGGAGACGAUCGACCUUCUUGAAGCGCGGUUACGGAGAAUCGAAUAUGCAGUAUGUGGUCAUGUCCCGGAUGCUACAAAUGGUAGCCAACAGGCCUCUGCCCUCACGCGCCUUUCACAGCUAGAGCGUUCUCUUCAUCAGCUUGCAUCAAACUCAAGAGUGAUCCAAGAUCUUCUAAAGCUGCAUUCAAAACAUCCAGCUUUAUUCCAGCAAAUCGACGCCGACGAAGUCCCAACAACGCUUGACACAACCAAUAUCCUAUCAAUAGUUCUAGCAUCCGCUAGCUCGUACCCCUCAGCUGCAUCCCGUCUUACAUCGAUACUUGACACCCCGAUCCCUCCUGCCGAGCUCUCAAUCCAACUCAUCGAGUUAUAUCCGCGAAUCGCGAAGUUAAGAGCUCUCCAAGCGGCGCAGAAUGAGGAUAUUGCAGAAUUGAGGGAGCGGAGUGCUGCUCUGAUCCAACGAUGGUAUACUGUGGGUAUACUUGGCGGUGGAGAUAGCUGGGCGGAAUUGGAAGGGAGGGUCGGGCAGGUAGAACAGCAGGUUAGACGUGCUGCCUCGGCAAGACAGGUUGAUAAUGUUUGA